AUUACACAAUAUUUCGAAUCAUUUGCAAAUAUUUAUUUAAGGCGAAAAUAGUAUUAUCAAUAGUGGAUUGAUUAUAAGUGAUACACAAAGGGUUCAACCUAGGCCAUUUCGAAACUAAUGUUUUAGGCCAAGAAGAAAAAGAUGAGAGAGGCAUGAAAAACAAAGAUUUCAAUGAAAAAAUGUGACCAUCCCAAGUGAAGAGAUAUUUUGAAAUAUGGAUAGAAAAGGCAAGCCCCCAAACUUACAACUUGGUGACAAAGUGAGUCAAAAAUUGGAUGUUAAACCAAAGCCUUUUAAACAAGGGAUUCAUUUUCGAAGGCAGAAGAAUAGAGAAUGGGAAGAUUUUAAAGAAUGGAAGGCAGUGUCACAUUCAGUAUCAAUAUUGUUUAAUGGGAAAAAGCUCAGCACACAUGAAUUCGAGAAGGUUUAUACAAUUGUGUCAAGUUGGGCAAAUGCAGAAAUGGAAAGUGGUGACCCAAUGUAUGAUCUCUAUCAAGAAUCUAUCUUGAAACGUGGCAUGAUUAUCCUUAGAGAAGACAUAAAAGAGAAGCAUGGCAAAACAUUGUUGAAUAAACUGGCUGAUGUAUGGGUUAGGUUUUAUGGUGGCCUUCUGCCAAUGUUGCAGAUUAUUUUCAAUAUGAUGACAACACGAGGCCUAAACAUUAGGCAGAUGACGUUGCAGAAUUUCAGAGAUGUUGUCUUGUUAAAGACAGAGGCUAAAGAAGCAAUAUUUGCAUAUCCAGGAGAUGUUCCCCCACCUGUUAAGCAAAUGCUGCUGGUUCUUAUGAGUGUGCAUGACAGCCCGCACCCAAGUGAAAACUACUUGAAACUGGAGCAAAUGGCGUCAAGAGUUAUAGUCCCAUUACUAGGAGCAAAGAUUCUCUAUCAAGGAGAAAAUGUGUUCGCCAAAGGGAGCCCGGACCCUCCAGACGGUCACCAGGGCAAGGCAACAAAGAACAGUAGCGGCGAAAGCCCGCACGGACCAUCAACAAGGAAGUUACACCGGCCAUUUAGCAUGGUUGAUCCGAGCCCGAGUGAAAAAGAUCCGGACUUUGAUGACCUGAUCCAGUUCCGGCAGCAACAGCGGCACAGGUAUAGUUACGGGGGAAGGCUAAGUGCAGUCGAGGAGGGGCAGCAGAGCUUGGCAUCAUCUUUUGGAAGCCUUAUUGAUGACUAGCUGGGUGUCUGCAACGCUCUAAAUCAUCUGAUAUUAGCAGAUCUAUCCAAGGUCGCGAUCGGUAUAAGGAAUUGACCCUUGCAGCUCGCGUUCUUUCAUUUCAGUACGUCAUCGUCAAAGCAUUUUUUAGGUUUUUGACUUUGAUUUCCUCAUAGCUCUUUGAAUUACUUUUAAGGGUUACCACAAAUGACAUACGCCACUGCGAACAGCUAGAAACCGUUCUUAUUUUCUCUUUGACCUGGACACUACCAAAACGACAUUUUGAAAAUAACCAGAAUUCCAAUUAAUGUUCUUCUAAGGGUUAAUUAAAAAGAUUUCACUAGUUUGGAUAAAGCUUAUUUUUGGCAACAAGUUAAACAUUUUUUCCACCAUAAGGUAAGCUUCCCCUCCCCUAAUGCGAGUCUCGUGCAAUUUAAGCACCCAGUUGCAACUGCUGAUUGGACAGAAAGCCCUUGAUGGCUUAGGCAACACUUCAGUAUUGGGUAAGACUGAGCAACAGUUGAUCGUCAAUCUGUGCUAUGUUAUAUUAAUAUAUGAAUGAGAGAGACAUCGUCGUUAAUUAUGAUGUAUAAAACAACUAUUUUAUAAUCCUUAUUGAGAUUACAUCCAACAAUACCUUAAAAUGUUCCUCUUGAAUUAUUUUAGAUUAAAAUGCCAUUUGUUAUACACACUUUUGAAAAAAAUUUAGUUACAAUAAAAAACAGUCAACUCUUUAAACUGAUUCACUAACCAACUCAUUUAAUAAUUAAGUUCUGAUGGAAGUGAGGACUAGACUUAGCCAUCUUAUAUCUAAAUUUGCGUUUCAAAACUAAUUUAUUAAUGAGGAACGAUAAUUAAUUAUAAAGAUUAACUGUAAUUAUGUUAUAGAGUCUUUUAUUUUUCAAGGAAACGACAGUUUUUGUAAUCAAAAUCACAAAAAUUGUUUUAAUUAACAUUCUGAAGCGGAGCAAAAGGCAAAGUCAACAGAUGGGUUGAAUGACUAUGUUGGCCUCUUGGGAAUCAGUUGUACACAUUUUUGUCCAAAUGUGGCAUUUUCAGAAAGAUUCUCGGCAUCUACUGCGACAAAUAUUAGACAAUUAUUUAAGAUCAUUUGCUGCAAUGAAAAACCGGAAACAAACACACACAGAUCUAUUGGCUUGUAGUAGCCUGUUUUGACUUGUAGUAGCCAGAUGCCGCGAUACCCUUUCGUCAGUUGCCGCGAUAGUCCUAAGUGCCCAGUUGCAUCCUCCAAUUUCUGACCCCUUUUUACGUCACUAGGUAUUCAACUGUAGCAUUCAUUAUUAAAAGGCAAGGCCGGUCGGUUCGGUACACCUCUACUACCUUUUUCUCGGGGUUGAUUUCACUUACAGUUUUCUAAUACCACUUUGCAGAAGCAUCUAAACCCUCUAACCGAGCAAGACCUCUGUUUUAUAGAAUACCCCUCGCCUUUGUCGGCUAUAAACAUAUAAAUAAAGUGUGUAAGAAGAACAUUAUAUUAUGAAAUGAGAGAUGCGUUUUAAUAUAUAAAUACAUAUAGUUGUAUGUGACAGAGUAACUGCAAUUUACUGUAGAAACGAAGAUGCAAAAUAGAUGGUUUUUUAUUUGUAUUAUGAAGCAAUGCUUUAUUGGUAAACCUGGAAACAGGAGUGAGCAAUCUGUGAGUUGUGUCAAAAUUGAUGAUA